UUGUCUCCGGUAGUUGGAGCCGCUCUAGUACGACAACAGACAGUCAAUUGACAGAGAACACUUUUGAGACACAAAGACAUUGACAAAAACAGUCACGGAGCAAUAAAGGGUUGCUAGUUAUCUGGUAAUGCCAGUACAAAUUAUUAUAAUUUUUUUUUGACAGUUCGAAUGACUAAUAUUGCAAUAGUCCGGUGCAAUGACCAUUGUGCAAAGGGCGCCGAGACUUCAAGGAGUGUAUGCAGUUUAAAGUAAUGAGUAGUGCGAUAAUCUGGGACAAUGUUGAUUGUGCAAAUGUUGCAGAUACUCCUCAGGCAGUGUGCAAAUGGGGCAGAUGCUACCAUGGCAUGAGUGGCCAGUAUUGGUCAACAACAGAUAUGCAAAUAGUGCAGCGUGGCGAGACUACUACAGUGAGUACACGAGUAAUAUAUAAUUGGACCGACAGAAAUGUGACAACAAACCCGGACAAAAAAAUUGGCAGCAUGUUGCAAUGGAAUUGUAGGUUAGCUGUUUAAGAAGUUGAUUGCAAGAGGGAAGAAGCUGUUGGAAUGUCUGCUAGUUCUAGUUUGCAUUGAUCGGUAGCACCUAUGUCAUGUCUUAAACACAUUAAAGAUAGAUGUUUUUUUUUUUUUAUAAUAAUGUGAAUGUACAGUACACUGAAAUUGUAUGGCUAGCCUUUUUCAGUGUAAAAUAGUAUUUAGUACUCAACAUUAAGUAAUAGUUUUUGUAGCGUAGUUUCAGAAUCAAAGUUUUCUGUGGCACGCUGAAUGAGAAAACCCCCCCCACCACCUCCCAAAAAAUAUCUUAACAAAUCCAUUUAAAAAUGAGCAUGCGCCAGUGAAAGUCUAGCAAAGAUAAAUUUUAGGAGAUUCAACCGCAGGAGAGUGCAAUCAUCAAACUUCAUAAGAUUGUGCAUUUGUUUAUUGAGAUGUAUAAAUGCUUCCCUUUCAAAGUGAGCACUGUAUAAAUAGAAACAUUGUAAAAUCAACAACUCAGGGGGAGAGCAUUUGUCUGUUAUUUUGACUGAGAGCGUCCUAUAGAUAAUGAAAUCCAUAUUUUGUUAUCAGUUUUUUCGUAAUAUUUGCUCCAUAUUACCAGAAUAAAAGUGCUAUUCGUUUUUUUGUUAAAACUCGUGGUGACGCCACAUGUCGACAGGCAGAACUUUCCAUUCCACACUUGUGCAGAUGUCUCCUAUCCCAACGAGCCUUUGAUCUCAUACGGGGCAGGGAUUGGGCUCCCAGUCCCGGCAUCGCGUGUCCUGCAGCUUCACCUGGAUGCUGCUAGAACAUCCCUGUGUGGGUGAGAGGGGGAGGGGGGAGGGGAAGCCGCACGCCCCCUGCUGCUGCUGUUUUUGCCGAAUUCGGGUUGCGUCACAAUUAUAGAAGAGGCACCAUCGACACUUCUGUCCAAGUGGCGUGGAUCGACCUUGGCAAUCCGGGAAGAAUCAUGACGCAGGGCAAGCCUUCACUCGUUGACAAGAACCCUGGUGACUUAUCCAGUGGACAGUCCUCAGUGUCACCUGCUCCGCCCAGUUAUGAGGAAGCCACUGCGGGUGCACCGAAGAUGGUGGCCAGCACCAGUGAGUCUUGCUACAGUGAUGUUGAGAUGUUAACAGAGUUCACCUGGGAUGAUCGGAACAUCCGGAGGGUCUUCAUACGUAAGGUGUACGCCAUCCUGGCGAUCCAGCUCUUGGUAACGCUCUCUAUUGUCUCUCUUUUCACUUUCUGUGUUCCUGUGAAGGACUACAUUCAAACAAACCCGGGGUGGUACUGGGCCUCUUACGCAGUGUUCUUCGUUACAUAUUUGACUCUGUCUUGUUGCUCCGCACCAAGGAGAAAGUUUCCAUGGAAUCUGAUCCUGCUUGCCAUCUUUACCCUUUCACUCUCCUACAUGACAGGGAUGUUAUCCAGCUUCUAUGACACCAAAUCGGUGAUAAUGUGUCUGGGCAUCACCACUGCGGUCUGUCUCCUAGUUACAAUCCUCAGUUUCCAAACUAAGAUUGAUGUGACAUCAUACCAAGGUGUGCUCCUUAUCUUCUGUAUGGUCAUGUUCAUCUCUGGACUAGUGCUUGCUAUUGUCCUUCCCUUUCAAUAUGUACCCUGGUUGGAUACCACAUAUGCUGUUUUGGGAGCCAUAUUGUUCACCAUGUUUUUGGCAUUUGACACCCAGCUCCUCAUGGGCACCAAGCGGUACACCAUGAGCCCCGAAGAGUACAUCUUUGCCACUCUCAGCAUCUACCUGGACAUAGUCUACAUCUUCUCCUUCUUCCUCCAAAUAUUUGGAACAAGACAGGAGUAAAAUAACAACCUUAAGCGCGGCACAAUUAUUAAUAAUAGUAAAUAAUGGUCGUUGUGUAAUAAGUCAUUUUGGUAGAUGUAGUGACAAAUCCUUGAGUUGUAACACAAUAUUUUUUGCCGCAUAUUCCUAUUAUGGUGAAUCAUUUGUGAAUCUUGUGCAGUGAACUACUGUGAGGUAUUGUACGGACACAUCUGUCAUUAACUGCACCCAACAGGUUCUUACCAGCAUGCUGUUGGUAUGUUAUGGAGCUCUUAAAUCACAUGGCCAGAACAUGUUCAAACCCUCUGUAUGUAUGUCUCCAGACCCAAAUCUGCAUCCUGUGUUAUUACAUAAUAUACUGUAGAUGCUAAUUCAUGAUGUAAUAUAUAGAUGCAUAACUCUUAUUAAAAAAAAAUUGCCUCUGCCAAUGUAUAUUGUCAUUCUAUUAUCAAACUCAGAUUAUUUGUGAAGGUUUUAUAUUUUUUAUUUUGUUUUGAGUCAUACAGUAGAUGCUUUUUUUGUUCAUAAGAAACCUCUACACUGUUAAUGUGGAUCGAAGAGGUAGCUAAUUGCAGUGUUGAAUGUUAAAAUGUAAUUCUCUAAUAUUUGUACUGCGUUGUAAUUUGUUGUUUUGGCAGCACGGUGGUUGAGUGGUUAGCACUUUUGUGUCUCAGUUAUGAGGUUGGGGGUUUGAAUCCGAGCUCCUGCCUUUCUGUGUGAAUGUUGUCCUGGUACUGCGGCUUCCUCCCACAUUUCAAUACAUGCAUGUUAGAGUUUCACUUGAAGACUCUAAAUCAAGGAUGUCAAACUCAAAUUCACGGUGGGCCAAAAUAAAAAAUUGGGACAAUGUUGCGGGCCAAACUCAAUAUUUAAUGAAAAAUCACUGCGAUGUGCACGUUUCCUUUCUCUGCAGAAAUGUAGCGUGACAGUUUAUAACUUAACAACAAACUUCAAUUUUGCUUAAAGACUCAAUCUGGAACAAACAAACUAAUAUAAACACGAGAAAUGAAAUUUGCGAUAAAAGACAUCAGUGGUAUUCGUUUGUUGUUUUGUAUUUAAAUAGAUAACAUGAAUUCUUCCAUCUCUCCAUCUUCUAUCUCCAACUACCUUUCUAUUUGCCAGCUGUAAUACACAUUUGAUAUGGUCUUGUGGGCCAAAUAUAAUUUCACCGUGGGCCAAUUUUGGCCCCCGGGCCUGAGUUUGACAUGUAUGGUCUAAAUUGUCCUUAGGUGUGAAUGAGAGUGUGAAUGCUCAUUUGUCUAUAUGUUACUUUCGAUUGGCUGGCGACGAGUCCAUGUUGUACCCUGCCUGUCGCCUAACGUCAGCUGGAAUAGGCUCCAGCCCAUCUGUGAUCCAAAUAAGGAUAAGCACGAUUUUAAAAAUGGAUGGAUGGAUGGUUGGAUGUUAUAUUUUAAAUCUGAUCAUAUGGUUAUUAUGAUAGUGCCAUUGACUACGGUUAGGUUAGGGUUAGGGUCUGAGCUUGAGGAGGGCUAAUGAUAUAUAUUUUAACUUUAUUUUUCUAUGACAUGACAGAACUAUAUAUUUCAGGAAAUGAGAGUGAAAUGCAUGAAGUUUAUUUUUGAAAGUCGAAUGAAGUGGCCUUGAAAUGCAUUGACUAUGUUGAAUGCAGUAUAAAGUGUGAACACUGCAUUUCAUUGUAAUGUUACAGCCUACAUUAUUAAAGUGUUCCUGUGUA